AUGUGGUUCGAACAAUUCUACUCUGGAGUAAUCACCACCGCGUUCGUCGCCGGCGCCUGCUACAUGUCAUACCCAUUCAACAAAUGGGACGUCGGAAGAGCCUUCCGUCGCAAUUAUAACACUCCACAAAGAGUGGAAUUGUCGAAGAGAGACCACCGACUGACUGGCAAUCAAUACCGCAUCGCCGGACUCGACGCCUUCCCAGAGAAGUGA